AGAUGAUAAAGUAUGGCUGAAAUACACAUCAACCAGCGCCUCUCCUACGGCGGGGACCUAUGCACCGUCCGCUACAUCGGCAAGGUCGACGGCACAGCGGGGGAUUGGCUAGGAGUUGAAUGGGAUGACGCGACGAGGGGAAAGCAUGCGGGCGAGCAUCGUGGGGUGAGAUACUUUACAUGCCGAAGCAACCAGCCCACAGCAGGCUCAUUUGUCCGUCCCUCGCGGCCGGCGGACAAACCUCGUGGGUUUCUCGAGGCUUUGAGAUACAAGUAUGCUUUGGGGUUUGAGGAGCAAGAGCGUGCACGCGAGAUGCGUCUUAGUGGUGAUGGUGGUGUUGCCGCUGCUGCAAAGAAGCCCGUCAUGUUCAAUGGUAAGAUCGCCGAGGAGAUCGGCUUUGACAAAAUCCGGAAACAGCUGGCGGAGCUCCAGGAGCUGAGUAUUGUGCUUUUGGAUGGGCUGCUGGUGGGUGGUGUUCUUGGCAAUGCGGAUGGGGCUGGUGCGGAGCAGCGUGAUGCUGCUUGUAAGGAGAUUGAGCAGGUUUGUCCGAAGAUUACGGAGCUGGAUUUGAGUAGGAAUUUGCUGGUGAGAUGGGGGGAGGUCGCUGACAUUUGUGCGCGGUUGAAGCGGUUGAGUGUGUUGAAGUUGAGUUCAAAUCGCUUUGGUCCUGUUGAGGAAGGGCUUAGGUUUGAGGGGAUUGCGGAGUUGAAGGUGGAUGAUACGCUUCUGUCUUGGGAUGAGAUAAUAGGACUGACGGGCCAAUUCCCGUCACUGACUUCGCUGUCGGCCUCUGCCAACCAGAUCGCCGAGAUCUCCACUCCUAUUUCGAGCUCUCUGCGGUUACUAGUACUGGAAGGCAAUGAGAUCACCUCGUUGGCAUCCCUUAAGAAGCUAACGUCUGUGACUACCCUCGAGCGUCUUUCCUUACGAGAAAACAACCUCACUACCAGCCAUGGCGCCAAUGACUCGGACAACCCCAUCCGAUUCUCACCCACCCUUAAAUCCGUGGACCUCUCAAGAAACAGCAUCAACUCGUGGACCUUCGUCAACGACCUCACCAACAUCUUCCCCGGACUCGAAGUCCUCCGCAUAUCCCAAAACCCACUCUACGACCAACCCGUCGGCUCGCAGGCCGUCACAGGCAUGCCAGAGAAGCCCAUGACAGUAGACGAAGCCUACAUGCUGACUCUCGCGCGACUGUCCAAAUUACAAGUGCUGAACUACGGCACAAUAACUGCCAAAGACCGGUCCAACGCAGAGCUAUACUACCUCUCUCUCAUAGGCAAAGAGCUCUCUGCGACCCCGGAGGCUGCGGAGCCAGGCAUCCUCGCGGCGCACCCUCGCUAUCAUGAGCUCUGUGAGACGCAUGGCCAGCCCUUGGUGAGACGUGCUGAAGUGGAUGGACUGCGCGCAGCAGUAAACCCGCGCUCCGUCGCUGCGCGACUGGUCAGGUUUGCUUUCCGUCUGGCUGUGUCCCCUGAGGACGACAAGAGACCCGGUGAUCAACUUACCAAACUCAUCGAAAUUCCCCGAUCCUUUGAUACCUAUCAAACCAAGGCCAUUGUCACGCGUCUGUUCGACCUACCGCCGUAUGAAUUCAAACUGGUCUGGGAGACGGAUGAGCUGGACCCGGUGAGCAAAGAGAAAGUGGAUGACGAGGAUGGAUGGGACAGCGAGGAUGACACUCUUGAUUUGAAAGAUGUUGCGGAAAAGGUUGCAGACGACACGCGAUUUGUCAAACGAGAGGUUGAGUUGGUGGAUUCUACGAAGGAUAUUGGGUUCUGGUUCCCGACUGAUUUGGUGGAAGCGAUGGUUAGAGUUGAAAGGGUGUCUCGCUCGUGAUAUAUGUAGCUAGUUUCAAUGAGUUAUGAGUGAUGCUUUAUGUAUAUUCAGAUGA